UUGAAAUUGAUGCGUGCCCGGAAGGAUGUAUGUUGUUCUGGAAGGAGGAUGAGGCACUUGAGUUCUGCAAGUUCUGUGGUGGAGACAGAUACAAACCUGUUCGUCAAGGUAAAAAGAAACCACGACAUAGGUCUGCACUGUCUAAACUGUAUUACCUCCCAAUAGCCCCUCGACUGCAGAGGAUGUACGCUUCGACUGCUACUGCGAAACACAUGACAUGGCAUGUUGAGCACGAAACCAACGAGGGUAUGAUGGCUCACCCUUCGGACUGUGAAGCCUGGAGACACUUUGACCGCUGUCAUCCUCAGUUUGCUAUGGAGCCACGAAAUGUGCGGCUGGGAUUGUGCUCAGAUGGAUUUGCUCCUUUUGGCAGGUUUGGCAAGAACUAUUCAUGUUGGCCGGUCAUGCUAACUCCUUACAAUCUCCCUCCCGACAUGUGCAUGAAAAGUCAUUUCAUAUUUUUGUCUUUAAUUUGUCCGGGUUCCAAGGAUCCUGGGCGAAAGAUAGACAUUUAUCUCCAACCCCUUAUCGAGGAGAUGAAAGAACUGUGGGCCGUUGGGACACCAACUUAUGAUGUUUCAUCAGAUAAAAUGUUUAUCAUGAAAGCUGCCAUCAUUUGGACCAUUAGCGACUUCCCUGCCUAUGGCAUGCUUUCGGGAUGGAGCACACACGGUUUGAUGGGAUGUCCGAUAUGUAUGGAGAAAUCAGGUGCCAACUGGCUUAGUUACAGCAAAAAAGGAAGUUACUUUGAUUGUCACCGCAAGUUUCUCCCGGAAAGGCACCGAUAUCGAAAGGACAAGAAGUCUUUCAUUAGAGGCAGAGCGGUACGAGAGAGCCCACCCCCGAGAUUGACCGGUGAAGAAAUUUAUAACCGGGUUCGACGUUUUCCUACGGCUAUGGAAGAGCCAAACCAAGAGCCAUAUGGGUAUUGUGAUACCCAUAAGUGGACAAAGAGGAGCAUAUUCUGGGAGUUGCCUUAUUGGAAAGACCUUCUCAUCCGUCACAAUUUAGAUGUCAUGCACACUGAGAAGAACGUCUUUGACAAUAUUUUUAACACGGUGAUGGAUUUGAAAGGCAAAACUAAAGACGGUCUUGCAGCUAGGAAAGAUAUGACUAUUUGGUGUGAUAGACCCGAACUUUCUGUUGAUCUAGAAUAUCAGGGCAAGGAAGUUCCAAAAGCAGUCUACCAGGUCACAGAACCACAAAAGGCAGCAAUAUUACAAUGGCUUGCGUCUCAGAAGUUUCCAGAUGGCUACUGCUCCAACUUGUCUAGAUGCGUAGACAUGAACAAACUUACCACGACGACGAGCAUGAAAACUCACGAUGCUCAUGUAAUAAUGCAAAGACUUCUACCAAUUGCACUAAAAGAGAUGCUUCCUGAACACGUAUGGUCCUGCAUUACUGAAAUCAGUUUGUUGUUUCAAUCGAUAUGUUCCAGCGUUUUGGAUGCGGCAUCCCUCCGGAGACUACAAGAUUCUGUUCCCAUUCUGAUGUGUAAUCUAGAAAAAAUAAUGUCUCCAUCGUUUUUCGAUACAAUGGAACAUCUUAUAAUACAUCUUCCGUAUGAGGCUUUGACUGCUGGGCCCGUCUUCUAUCGCUGGAUGUACAGAUUUGAAAGAUUUCUAGGAGAGCUGAAAAAGAAAGUGACCAACAAGGCACACGUUGAGGCGUCAAUUUGUCAAGCGUAUCUUCAACAAGAAAUCUCAACGUUCUCGUCUUUUUACUUCGAGCGUGACGUCAUCACCAGAAGGAAAAGACCUGCCCAGAACGAUGACAUUGGCGAGGAUUUAUAUGAAAAUGUAGUUUCCAUCUUCAAUUACCCAGGCAGAGGUAAAGGUGCUGCGACACAACGAUACAUCGUGGGUGGGGAAUUGCAAAUUGCACAUACUUAUAUCCUCAUGAAUUGUCCAGAAAUCUCACCGUUUUAUCAUGAAUUCAGAGCUUCUUUAUCAGCCUUUCCUGAGAAUCAAAUUGAUGCAUUGGUAGACUCUGAUUUUGUAAAUUGGUACAAGUAUCAGGUAUAUAUAUACACACACAUUAAUUAUAUAUAUAUAUUAUUAAGUAAGAUUUUUCAAUAUUUACCUAAUGUUAUUAUCAUGUUUAUAUUUACAGAUCAAUAGUCGUGGGAUUGUCGACCCUUUGUUAGUAUCAUUAGCGUGGGGCCCUAGUGCCAGUGCCAAAGUGUGGCGGCAAUAUGUGAUAAACGGUUACACAUAUCACACAUCCGAUUACGGAGAGGGCCGACCAACAACGAACAGCGGGUUAUGUGUCCCGACCAUCGGUUAUGAUAACUCGGAAACCAAUUUUUUUGGUGUCCUGCAGGAGAUUCUGGAACUUGAGAUGCCUUCUGGUGCGAAAAAAUUGACAUGCGUUCUGUUCCGUUGUACAUGGGUCGACCCCACACGUGGCGUGCGCAAAAAUCCGAAGUAUAAUAUGAUUGACGUCAACCAGUCUCGUGUGUACCCGAAAAAUGAGCCUUUCAUACUCGCCCAACAAACAGCGCAGAUUUAUUAUGCAGAAUAUCCUUCAACAAGGCGGACACAGAAUCCUUGGGUGUGUGCAUGUCCUGUCCGUCCGAACAAAAUAAAAUCACAAACUCAACACAAGGACGUUGAUCUAGAUGCUUUUCAGCAACAAUUUUUCCAACCUCCGCCUAUUGUUGAGACGGUCAACUAUGACAUCCAAUUAAGUGAUCCAAAUGGCGGACGUGUUGAAGUCAUGCCAGAAACGCACCUUCCGGACCCAACCAUUCCAUCUGAGCGCGAAAUUGAGGAUAUGUAUGUAGCACAACAAAACGCUCAAUAUCAGGAAGAAGGUGAAUGGAUAGACGGUUCAGAUACAGAAGAAGAUACUGUAUAUGUAGAAAAUGACGAUUUUGAUAGCGAAUAAUUG